AUGGAGGGGCGCAGGAAAGCCUUAUACAGUUAUUCAUGGCAACAGUCACCGAUAAACAAGCAUCGACGAGCAAACCCACCCGAAGAAGAGAAAAAGAUUUUCGACGAUUGGUUUGAAGAAAAGGCAGACGAAUACUUCCCAUGGAUCAGAGAUCAGGGUCUUGACGAUGAAACUGUUCGUGCUAAUGCAUGUUUGACGUUUGCUUCAUCACCAUGCAGUCCAGAAAUGUGCGAAAAUCUUGCACAUGUUUCUCCAGCGAUCUUUAAAGAUUUGCAAAGACCAAAGCAGGACACAAAAACAUUGGAGGAAGAAGCGCGUAAAGAGACGGAACGUCAAGCAAAUAUAACUCGUUAUGAAAGAUCUCUCAAAGAAACUAGAAAAGUCAUCGAUAAAAUCAAAAAGGAGAAGCAAAGAAAACUGUUGUUUUCUCAAGCACAGCACCAAAAGCUUUCCUGUGUAAUAAUACCAGAGUGUUCAACAUAUGGUGCUUCGAAUGAAUGUUCAUUUCAGAAGAAACUUUGCGAAGAGCAGAUGACAGCGGGGAUAGACAACAACGUAUCUAGCACCAAAAAGCUAGAAAUGAAGUUGAAAUCUGAUUCACUCUUAUCCAUGGGGAGAAUAAGAUGGAAUAAUGAAGAACGUACAGAACAAAUCGCGUCAUCAAAGUCGAAGCAACAGAUAUCAGAAUAUCACAGCGAUGACGACAGCGAUAAUGAGCUCCUCAGAUUGGCGCUUGAAAGUAGUCCGAUCCAGAAAUCAGAUCCAGUGUCAAGAAUUACCUCAAACGACGAUGAAUUAAGUGAUGAAGCUCUGCUUGCAAUGAUGACAUCGUCACCAAUAUCAAGCCCAAAAACUCAGAAAGAACAAGUAGUUAACUAA